CUCUCAGAAACUACACUACAUCUGCAAGAUGUGGUGAAAGAAGCACAAGGAGGCUCUACAUUUGAUAUUUUACUUGCAUUUAGAAGGAGCAGAGGUGGUGCAGCUCUCAUGUCCAGUCACAGUGAAGUUUGAAGGCGUCAAAAUAGGAGUCACUCAGGGAAAGACCUGGCUUUGUUCAGCAUACAGUAAGUAUCUGGCUCAUGUUUGUGCCAAACACAGUGUUGAUUAUAACUGCCAAGUUAGCAAGUGAUAAUAAGUUCAUUAUUCAGAGAACGUAAAUCCUUUAAAUGCAUCUGUUUAUUAUCCUGCAAGAUGACAUUCAACAAGUAUCUAAUGUCCAUAUUUAUAUCCAUCCUGUUUGUUUUUCAGUUUUGAGUUUUUGUGUGUAGUUAUAAUUGAAUUAUUCACAUUUACGGUCAUACUAGAGGGGUUGAUGUGAACCUGAAAGCUCUUUUGUUUCUGUGACUGGGUUACUGGGGCUUUAUUAACUCAGCUUGUUUGCUCCACCGUGAAGACAUCCGGUUUGUGUUGAACUUGUGGACCCCUACCUGUGAAUGGGUAUGUGCCAUUAUUAGCUCCACUUUCAUGUCCAUGGCCUUUGUCAGUCUUCAGCUGAUGCCAUUACAGCUCCUGGUGUGUUUGAUCAAGGCGACUAUGACCACGUGAAAGCUCAAACCAAUUAUGGCCCCUGGCAGUGGCUUACGAUGAGGCUCAUCUUGUGCAGAGGGAUUUCUGUAAAUUGGAUCAGGCUGCUUACAGAGGCUUAGCAUGACGUACUGCAACUUUGAGUUUAAUCAUUAGGAUCCUCGGCAAUCCUCCACCUCUCAGAGAGAACGGAACAUCACAAUUAGCCUCACCUGUGUGUCAAGGAAGGAAAAAGUUGUCGAAAACAAAAGUUUAUGAAAUUUGAGGUUUCUGUCACAAUGGGAGAGGAGAUAGCUUUGAAGAAAUAACACUCCUGUGCUCCUCCGGGGGUUCUUCAUCUCUGCUUUUCUUGCCGUGGGAUGGAUUACCGCCUGAGCUGACUCUUCUGUCCUGUUGGACCAGCCAGAGGAGAUCCUGAUAACAAAGAGACAGGGAAACUGGACUGCAGGUUGGCUCAUUCAAGAGCAUUUAGCGAAACUAAGGGGCAAACUCUGGAAAUCUUCUGGAGUUCCCACUGAUCUAGAUUAACAUUCGGCUCUCCUCAUUUCUCACAGACAAGGACGUAUCUAAGAUUGGACAAUGGCUUUGAUGUUGGUCAAGUUUGAUCUGAAAAAGCGAGUGAAGCUCGCUCAGACAGUCUGGUUCAUGUACUGGUUCGCUGUAAUGGCCGGCGUGCUGGUGUUCAGCAUGGGCCUGUUCUUUAAGAUUGAGCUGCGAAAGCGCUCAGAACUUAUGGACAACAACGAGAGCCACUUUUUGCCCAACCUGCUUAUAUUCAUGGGUCUAAUAGCCUGCGGCAUCAACGCCUUUGGAGGCAAAGUGUGCUACGACUCACUGGACCCUGUCAAGUUUGCAAAGUGGAAGCCCAUGUUGAAGUCCUUCCUGGUGUUCUGCGUGGGGUUCAACGCCCUGCUGCUGGUGACGGCCCUGCUGUGUUUCUUGAUGAGGAUCCCUUUGCAGUUCACCCUGGCUGAGGGGCUGAGGAAUGGCAUGAGGUACUACAAGGACACGGACACACCAGGACGCUGCUACAUGAAGAGGACCCUGGACAUGAUGCAAAUGGAGUUUCGUUGCUGUGGGAAUGACAACUACAGAGAUUGGUUUGAGAUUCAGUGGGUUAGCAACCGCUACCUGGACUUCAGCUCGAAGGAAGUCAAAGACCGCAUUGGGAGCAACGUGGAUGGCCAGUACCUGAUGGAUGGAGUCCCGUUCAGCUGCUGUAACCCCAGCUCCCCCAGACCUUGCAUCCAGCUCCAGAUGACCAACAACACUGCCCAUUACAGCUAUGACCACUACACAGAGGAGCUCAACGUGUGGAGGCGCGGCUGCCGUGAUGCCCUGCUGUCCUACUAUGGAGGCCUGAUGAACACCAUCGGAGCCAUGGUGGUGCUGGUCACUAUGCUGGAGGUCGCCGUGACCAUCGGCCUGCAGUACGUCGACAGCUCCCUGUCCACCCUGGCUAACCCGGAGGAUCCAGAGAGCGAGAGCGAGGGCUGGAUCCUGGAGAAGACAGUGAAGGAGACGUUCACCGACAUCAUGGCCAAAAUGAAGGCAAUGGGCAAAGGCAGCAAGGUGGAGGAGGGGGGUGAAGCAGCUGUGGCAACGGUGAGCUGAGCUAACCCCUCCUUCAAAAACUGACACCAAUCCCACCUGAAGACGAGAGGAAGGGGGACGUGUGAGAUUACUACUUUUUUCUACCAUCAUCGAUUAUGUAGAUGCUACCCACACACAUACACACACACAGAUUUGGCUAUGAACUCCUUACAAAUGGACAUAAAUAAUACUGUGUAUUCACACAUAGACAGAGAUUAUCAGUAGAAUGAGUUAUGUUUUGGUUUUUCUGUUUGGUUUUCCUCAACCAAACAGACUCUGACUUUUCCUUCACAGCAUACCUUUAAAGAGAUUUUCUGUUUUGGUUUUUCUGAAAUUCUGUGGAUUUCGAUUCUUUUUCUCCAAAAAAAAAAAAAGUGCAAAACAAUAAGUCAAGUAAAUGUGAUAUAUAUUGAUAAAUGUCAUAUUCUUUGCAAU